AUGAAUUAUAGUCACUUAGUUAAAAAAAGAAGGAGUAAAGGUAAAAGUUCUUUCUAAAUAUCUAAUCAAAUAUUCAUCUAAGGAGAAGAACAAAAUAAAACAGUUUAAAAUGAUGAAAUGGGUGAAAAUGUCUUUGUGUACCUAAACCUUUCAGAUUCAUCUUAAGAAAGAGAAUACUCAUAUGAUUUGGAUUAAGAUCUACAUACAGUGAAAACUAAAAAGAACAACUUCAUCAUAAAAAAGAAAAAAUUUUUAUCCUAAUAAUUCAAAUGUGGAUAAUGUAAAAAGGUUUUCUAAAAAUCUUAAAGUCUUGGAGGACAUACCCAAAAAAAACACAGAGUAGAGAAGAAUUAGUUAGCCAGGCUUUCAUCAAUCAGAAGGAUUAUUUUGAGAGAGAGACCUGCUAAAAAUAGGUAACAAGGAAUUUGAA